CGAAAAAUGAUGCUCCCGAAAAUUCGGACGGACGUUAAAUUACAUCCCCAUGAUGUGAUAUUAAGGAGAAUGGCUUAAAGCAAAACCCCAGGUGACGGAUAUUUCUUUGCAUGGAAAUUGUAGACCAAAAUGCCAUCAAAUCUGGAGGAUGAGAAAUGUGUGUGCAGGGCUUGUAAGCCAGGACAGUUAAGGGUCAGGGGAAGGAUUAUAGGAAGGCUGUAUUGACUGACACACACAUACAGAAGAUGGAAUCUUUGCUAGGUGUGGCAGUCUAUGUAAUGUUGCUGCUGCUGAUCAUGGUGAUCUUGACUAAGCUGUACCGCCGACAGAGGUUGAAGCAUUACGAGGUGCCAGUCCGGGACUUCAACAAGGGUCACCGUUGGUCCAUGGUGGAGAUCUUCAGCAACGCCACAUACUGCAGCAUCGGCAAGGACUUGAUCAUCCAUGGUGCCCAGUGUGACUCCUGCGGAGUCUGUGUUGCUGAUCACUACAUGAAGGUAGCCAAUAGGAAGAUACCGUGUAAACGCCUGUCCAUCAAAGGGGAUGAUCUUAGCCACCACUGGGUACAGGGUAAUCUGAAGGCAGGGAGCCGGUGUUACGUGUGUGGUAAGGAGUGUGGAGUGGAAGCUGGGCUGGUGGAUUAUCAGUGCUGCUGGUGUAAACGGGCCAUCCAUGAGGACUGUAGGACAGGGGCAUACACUGACAUCUGUGAUCUGGGGGCGUACAGGCACGCCAUAAUACCACCUUACUGCGUCACCCUCAAAUGGGUGGGACUGAAGGGGCGGCGACACCUCAUUGUCAAGUCAGUGUUCCCACCCAACCUGAAGGAGUGGAGUCCUGUGAUUGUGAUAGCCAAUAGGAAGAGUGGAAACAAUGACGGGGAAGCCCUGCUGCAGGGGUUUCGGGGAUUACUUAACCCCGCUCAGGUGUUUGACCUUCAUGACAUCCCACCUGAGAGCGCCAUAGAGUGGUGCCACUUGUUACCUGACAUUACCUGUCGGAUCCUCGUUUGCGGGGGUGAUGGAACUGUGGGCUGGGUGCUUAAUGCCAUAGAGAAGCUUCAACUUAAGACCCCUCCACAGGUGUGUAUCCUGCCCUUAGGUACAGGCAAUGACCUCUCUCAGGUGCUUGGCUGGGGGGACGGGUACACAGGAGACAAGGAACUGACUGAAAUCCUGGAUGCCAUGGCCACUGCACAGGUCACCAAAUUAGACAGGUGGCAAGUGGCAAUCUCACAUGCCAAACAUUUUGCAGGAAUACACCGACGAAAUAAGAAAGUGAAGAUGAACAACUAUGCGUCUAUAGGAGUUGAUGCUCUGGUGACCCUAAAUUUCCACAGACGAAGAGAGAGCUGGCCUUCCCUCUUCACUCAUAGGAUUAUCAAUAAGUUUUGUUACUUUACAUAUGGCACCAAAGAUGUUCUUGAGAGAGAGUGCAAAAAUCUCCAGAAGAAAUUAAAGGUAGAGGUGGAUGGGAAGGAACUGACUCUGCCAGAGCUGGAGGGGGUGGUUGUUCUGAACAUCAGCAGCUGGGGUGGUGGUUGUAAGCCCUGGACCCCAGGGGAUGGUGAUCAAUUCUUUCCCCCACGGUUUGAUGAUGGCCUGCUAGAGGUGAUGGGCCUCUAUUCUUCCUUCCACAUCGCUCAACUCCAGGUGGGUCUGGCAGCUCCACUAAAAUUGGCCCAAGGUCGUUCUGUCAAGAUAAGUUUAACUGGCAAUGCUCCAAUGCAAGUGGACGGAGAGCCCUGGGAGCAGCAUCCCGCAGAGAUUGUUUUAACAUACAAUGGACAGGGAACAAUGCUGGUGAACGCUGAAAUCUGAUACAAAGGGAGAUAACCCAGCAUCGUGCUGGUUCUCAGCAGAACUGAUAGGAUUGGGCUAAUCUGCCAUUCAGGCCGUGUAUAUGUAGGCUAAUGUCCCAGGCCUUCUCUAAUGCCUGAUCAGGCUAGUUGCUCUGUGUACUAUAUGAAAAAGGCUGCACUACUGUUAGUGGCUGAUGUAAAGAAAAUUAUAUAUUUAGAGGCAUUUUAAGUAUUCCCUGUUAUGCCAUUAAUCAUUAAGACAUGAGAUGACAAAUUAAGAGGACAGCAGCAAAUGUACAGACAUGUAUCUAUUAUGACUGGAGUGGAAUACUUGGAAAUUCAGGGCAUGAAGGGGCAUAAUUUCAUUCAUCUGUUUAUGCGAUUAGCGUUUAAUGAUGCUCUCAGUAAUUUUGUGUGACAGGGUGGAGAAAAUCAGAGUACGCCCCAUCCAUUCAGCAGGUUACUGACAGACCUCCUGAUUUGCAGUGAACAAGGAAGAGCGGUGUUUGAGCUCGUAACCUUAUUGGUGAUCGACUGCGGUGAAAACAAGGCCUUAGCUACAGUGUACAUCAACCCAAGAUAUCAGUGCUCAUGAGCGAACUGUUGUGGAGAGUAAUUGCACUGCUGGAGAGAGGGGUAAAUAUUUGUUUUCUAGGUAAAUAAACAACCAGCCUUAACAAGAUAUUUUUAGAGAAAAUAAAAUGCAUUUGCAUGCAUGUUGAACGUUGACUUGCAACUCAGAAAAGCUUGUGUUGCCUUUUAAUAACAAAGCAGGGUUUGCAAUCUUUAAUUUUUCCUGGGAUUUGUUGCACAUGUUUUUGACGUCAUUCUCAGAAAGCAGUGUAAUAGAGAAGUCAACACAUGAUUUGGAAAUUGAGGCAUGAUAUUUGUAUCACACUCGUUUAAAGUUGAAUUUUAUAGGUUUGCUGAUCAUACGCCUGUUGCCUUUUAUACAGCAAGGGAUGUAACUACAGUGCAUGUCAUCAUAAGAGUUCUAAGAUGGCUAGAAUUGUGUUGCCAUAGAAGACAAUUUGGUUGCCACAGAGGACAUUGAUUCUGACAACUGUGGGUUAAUCUCUGAGGCCUUCUCCUAUGUCUGAUCAGGCUACAGUAGUUGCUCAGUGUACUGUAUUAAAAAUCUGCACUACUGUUGGGGGCUGACUACAUUUUUACUCUGACAUUAAAUUCUAAAAAAUCAGGAAGAAGUAAACAGUGAGGCCAGCACAGGAUUUGGAAUCAUGGCACAUGAAUCACACUCGCACACCUUCACACACUUGAAACAAAGUUGAAUUGAGGUGUGCAGAUCACACUCUUAGAGUCUUUACAGCAAGGGAUGUGCCUACGAUGCAUGCUGUCAUUGAGUGCCAAGAUUGCUUGACCUCUAAUGCCACAGUGGUCAACAUGGACAGUCAUUGUGUUGCCACAGAGUGGAAGAGUUAUUGUGUUGCCACACAGUGGGGCAGUGAUUGUGUUGCCACAGAGUAGGGAGUUAUUGUGUUGCCACACAGUGGGGCAGUGAUUGUGUUGCCACAGAGUAGGGAGUUAUUGUGUUGCCAUAUAGUGAGACAGUGACAUCAUAGAGUGGCACAGUGCUUAUGUCGUCAUAGAGGAGAACAUUGAUUAUUAGAAUUGUGUUGCUAUAGGGUGGGGCAGACAUUGGAUUUAUUGUCAGUGUUGCAGCAUACAAUUCAGUGCAUGUAUUUGUACAACAGAGCUGAGCUAUUAACGAGCAUGUAUGUGUAGCUCACUGCUUACAGUGUGGCCUGUGUACACUGAUCUACAUUAUAAACAUGUGUUGUUAGUCUGCUUUCUGGCAUUUCUUUGGUGGGGAAAUCUGAAACGUGUCCAAAGUUUCUCUGAGCCUGUUUAAGGUUGAUGGAGCUUUCACUAACUUCAUAUACUUUUAAUAUUAUUGUGCUCUCUUUCUUUUUAUUUUAGUUCUAAAAUCUGAAGUUUCAGGUGAUUUUUUUAUUUGAUAAUUAUUUAAUGUAAGGAAUAUUUUUAUGAUGCUUUUUCCUUUUUUUUUAUUGCAUAUGUACUUCAUAUUUGUUCCCUGUUGUGCUCAAUUUUACAGAGUUCCAAAUACAUGUACAUUUUUAUCAUCUUAUUUAUUAGUCUCCUACAUGUACCAUAACCUGGGGGAUGACAAGCGAUGUCAAAUUCAAAUUUCAGGCUAUUAUUGUCACUUUUGAACCAUUUUAAGUAAAAGUCUGUAAAACUGUUGAAAACAAACAAUUCAAAUGAAACAUAACUUUAUCAGAAACUGUUAGAUAAGUUGCAUGCUGUUACGUUCAUUUAAAGCCUAUGUAACUUAGGCUGUUUUUCUGUUAUUUUUGACUGUUUUUGAGACUUUUGCCAAAUUUUAUUCAAUGUGGUUGAUCAUAUUGAAUUGGAAGUUGGUAUGUGACUUCACGAUGACAAGUUACAGAUUAAAUCUGAGUUUUCCUUUUUGACAUUAGUGUUUGUAGUUUACAUGUAGAUCAAGUUUCACGCUGAUUUGUUUAUUUUCACCUAAUUUUAUAAGUUUUGCAGACAGUUUUCUGGUAUUGUUACAAUGAAUAUCACUUAACUAAUGGUACAGGACUUGGCUUAUGCCAUGAUGAAGUGCAGUGUUAUCAUUGUUCCAGACGGUUUAUGAAUAUAGAAAUGACUGUGAUGAUUUUAUGUGGCAUUGUCUUUGGUAUAUGAGGACUCUGUUGAGAUAAGUUGUGUACAUUUGUG